UGUGCGCGUCUACCAUUUUUCUCUCUGAAUGUGUUGUUCUGGGAUUAGCACGAUGAGCUAAACUAAAAUGUUAUCAGCAGAUCCGUGUAAGUGUUCGACAAGUGACCAGGUCCUGGUUAAGAUUUCGGUUAAUUCCACCGAGAAUCAGCAUGAAGUUGCAAAAAUCCAGCAAACUGCUUCACUAAGUGGUAAACAACGACGAGCUUUUCUGAAACGGGAAAGAAGAAAAAGAAAACGUCAAGCUCUUGCUAAACUCAGAGAAUGUGGUGCUUAUCAGACUGAAAAUGAACAAGAUCACAAUGAUGGUGUUGAUGGAAAUGAAAAUGAGGAUGAAGAACAGAGAGAGCGAGAGCAUUUACACCAGGAAUGGCUGGAGAGGGAGCGACUCGCUCAAGAUGAAUUUCAGCUGAGGAAAGAAAAAGAAGAGGCGGCUCAAAGGAAAAAGGAGGAUGAAGAGAGGAUGAUCAGGGAGGAAUGGGAGGAACAGCAGAGAAAGGAAAGAGAACUGCAGGAAAAGAAACAGCAAGAGAAGAGAGACAGAGAGGAAGCUGUACAGAAACUGUUGGAUCAAGCAGAAAGCCAGCUGGAAAAUGGACGUUCUUGGAAAAACCCUGAUGCCCCUUUGGAUUACGGGACAGAAAAGGACAAAGCGAACUGCCCCUUUUUCAUCAAAACCGGGGCCUGCAGAUUUGGAGACAGAUGCUCCCGGAAGCAUGAACACCCAUCAUCAAGCAGCACUCUGAUGGUCCGGGGUAUGUUUGUGACAUUCGCCAUGGAGCAGAGUAGACGCGAUGAUUACGAUACAGACGCAAGUCUCGAGUACAGCGAGGACGAGAUGCGGCAACAGUUUUUGGAGUUCUACGACGACGUUCUCCCGGAAUUCAGGAACGCAGGGAAAGUUGUCCAGUUCAAGGUGAGCUGCAACUUUGAACCGCAUUUAAGAGGCAAUGUUUAUGUCCAGUAUGAAACUGAGGAUCAGUGCAAAGAGGCUUUCAUGAUGUUUAAUGGACGGUGGUAUGCAGGGAGGCAGAUGCAAUGUGAGUUCUCUCCUGUGACCAAAUGGAAAACAGCCAUAUGUGGACUUUUUGACAGGCGUAAGUGUCCGAAGGGGAAGCACUGUAACUUCCUCCACGUGUUUCAAAACCCGGAUAAUGAAUUCUGGGAAGCAGACCGUGACCUCCUUUCGUCCUCUGAACGUGGUGGAAGCUUCAGCGGAAGGCACAGAGCGCCAUCACAACGUGGCCGUACCCCCGAACAAUCCAGGAGUGCCAGGAGGAGCCACAGCCAAAGAUGGAGGCGGAGCCGGAGUAGAGAGAGGCGGAGUCGGAGCAGAAGCAGAGACAGUCGGAGGGCUCAUCAUUCCCUGAGAAGGGAGAAAGGCUCUUUAAAUGACCGAGACAGGAGAAGCAGAAGCCGUGAGAGACGCAGAUCACGUAGCAGAGGCAGAGAAUCUAAUUCUGAGGGUGGAAGUCACCAUUGGUGUUCAGAAUCGAGAACCAGUAGGAGAUCACAAUCAAACGCCCCUGAAGAAGAAUUUGAAAAUGGCACCAUCAAGAAGAAAAGGAAAAAGAGUAAGAGCAAAAGCCCCAAAAACGGAGACGCUUCCCCAGCUGAUGCAAACACAUCCGUACGCCGGCACAAACGCUCGAAAAAGAGCAAGAAAAAAAAAAAGAGCAAAAAAAAACUCAAGCAAAAGAGGAGUAAAUCCAGCAGCGCCAGCUCUUCUGCAGCUUCCGAGUCAGAGGAAGACAAAGAUGAAGAUGCACCAAAAAAUGAAGAGCAACAAAACAGUGUAAAGGCUGGAGAGGAUGCCCGGAUUGAGGAAAACCUUGUCCUGCUUCACGAGGACAAGGAAAUAAAAUCGAGCACACCUAAAGUCAAUCCUUCCCCUUCUACCGGUAUUGCUCCUGAAACUGGCUCUGAUUCAUGAGUGUAUAGGAAAAGACAUUGCUUUUGUUUUUUUUAGCAAAAUGGUCUCAUCUGUUUUGAUUAUGUAAAUAAAUAUGGUUAUGGCUUCCAACAGAGA